UCUCACAGAUUUCUUUUUAUAUAUAUAUAUACUUAUCCUAAUUCCUAGAGGCUGGACCCAGUUUUGAUAUAUUUUCUUGGUUUUUUCCCUCAAACCAACCCAGCUGUAAAUUCUCUUGCUUAGCAUUUCUCUGUCGGUGCUGGUGGUUUUGGUGGAGGGGGCAGCUGCGGUGCCGGUGCUGUAGAAGUCUAGUCUAGCCAGAUUAUGGGACCUGGGGGCGGUGGCGGCGGCGGCGGACAUGGGGGAGGUGGCGGCGGACGUGGGGGAGGUGGCGGUGGACAUGGCGGUGGGGGACCUGGUGGCUGGGGCGGCGGACCUGGGGGUGGCGGACCUGGAGGUGGGGGACCUGGAGGAUUCGCUAAUGGUUUAUGCAGCAUGAUAUCUUCUUGCUUCUACUGCCUAUGCUGCUGUUCGUUGCUAAAACAUUGCUUCGGCGGACCGCGUGGAGGCGGCGGGCCACCGCGUUUCUGAUUUUGAUUUAUUUUACUGCACUGUAAUAAUGGUUGGCUUUCUGAUCCAUGACAUGCUUGUGAACUCGAUCCUGGUUACUGGCUUUUUUAUUAUUUGUUUUUCCGCUUUAUUUCCUGCUUUUUUUACAAUGGAAUAUGCAUGGAUGGUAUACAAGGGAAAUUAAAAUGCUUUUAA